UCGAGAUCGACGAGCAGGAACAACAAACAGCAUCGCACCUUCUUCCAUUCCGGCAAUGCGCUAGCAGACUAUCGCAUGGUACGUCAGACGUGUUUGCGAACCAUUCGCGACGGUACAGAGUCCACGAAGGCGCCUAUUCCACUCUCAGCCCUCGCUUUCUGCGAGUAAACAACCCGCCAAACAAACACACGGAUAUACCCACCCAGCGCAUUCGAAAUCGCCAUCACUUUCACCACCACGCCUGGCCCACGACUCUCGCCCCGAACGGCGAUACACGCUUCAUCAUGUUUUCUUGGAUUACCGGCCCGCGCAUCACCAAUGUGAUCGAAGACCUCCAGCCUGAAAACAACUACGAGUCCACUUUUAUCGAACCUCCAGAGACACCGGCCCAUCAGUUCGCUGUCAAGGCUUUUAAGCAUGCCAUAUUCGGAACACCCGCACCUGAGGAGGCAAAAGAUGCUUCAAAGAAGAGCGAAAGGAAGGCAAGGAUAGAUGCAGCAAACGCAAAGUUCGAGCUCCCCGCACCGAAACAGAGCCGUCCACCCAUCUCGCCGUCAAAACAGCCAGGCGGCAUCCUCAUGACGCCAGGCACCGCAAGCAAGGGAAGGAAGCAGGUGUCAUUCGGAUCGCAGGUGGUAGAUAACGAAGGCAAGCGCGACAACAUUGGCAAGACCGGCAUACCCAACGACUGCCCUGGGAAGUUCCCUAGUCCUUGGACACCUGGCACGCACCUGAAGCUUGACCCCGAAAGUGACAAACGACCGCGUACCCGCCUCACCGAAGCCCUACUCGACGCGCGAACGACCACGCAACCAAAGUCGGGGCAGAAGCCCAAGGCGAGGGACGACAGCGACAUCACAAUAGAUCUGGGUGCCCCACGAUCCGAGUCUGGCAAAUACUGGAAGGAGCAGUACGAAAGCUACGCGGAAAACAGCGAAAAGGAGAUGAAGAAGGUCAUUGCCAAGCAGCAGCUUGCUAAGAAGUUCGCCAUGAAGAAGGAUGGCGAAGCCACAGAACUAUCUACCAAACUUGAGCAGGAACGCAAGCGGUACAGACAGCGAGAGCGGGAUCUAGAGCAGCAGAACAAGGACCUCCAGGAACGGCUACGUCAAGCGAUGGCCGAGAGCAUGUCUUCGAGUAUCGAAAUUGCAGCGCUGAAAGCCCGAAUCACGGUCUUGGAAGCGUCAGGCUCAAUACCUUCCUCUGAGCUUCAACAGAACAAAGCUCCAUUCGAGAUAUACGAGGAUGCCAGUAGAGAUCAUGCACGAUCGCCCACGCGUGGCUUAGAAAUGGACCUUGAAGUUUCGUAUGCUGCGAACAACAGCAUGGCUUCUUCUACCAAAGAGAAUUCGUCACCUAAGCCCCGCCGUAACCGCCGUGGUACUAUCCCCGAUACACUGAACCGACCAGUGCUUCCGUCCAGACUAGGAACAGCAGAGGGCGAGGCCUCCAUCAUCCUAGGCAGAUCACCUCGUGCACCGGCACGUCCAUUUGAAAUCACUUUAGAGAAGGCGCUUGCGCAGCCUCAGCAAGAGCAACCACAGAGAUCGCCACUGAAAAUCCGCAGGCCAGAUCCAGCCGACGAGAACAAUGCGCCCACCGCAACUCUGCCCUCCAGUCCGUUGCCGAUGCCAUCGCCAGGUCUCGAUCCCUGGAUGGAUAUCAACAACAGUUCGAUAGCGCAGAUGGACAAAAUGGCUCUACCAGUCUCUACUGGUCAGCCAUAUUCACGACCUGAGUGGAAUCCGCCACCAAAACAGCAUCGAGUGUCGAGAUCUGUAUCGCAAGUCAAGUCAACGGAGACAACUAAGUCAAGCGAGAAGACUACCGUGCCUGAGAAGAGCGACAGAAAAGCCGAACCCACUCGACGCAGAGAACGUGCGAUGGAGAAGGCCACUCACGUCUCAGAGCUUGAGGCAACAUCGGUUUCGUCGAAGAGAGCCGAGAAGCAAAAGCUAGAGGAACCCAAGACUGACGCAUCCUCCCGUUCCGCUCGAAACGAUGCCAAGUUCGAUCUCUCGAAGGUCACCGCACACCAUGCAGAAGGUUCUGCACAAGUGAAGCAUGAUCGUAGCCAGAUGCUACCUGUCGACCGCAAAGAGCAAGCGAGAAGACGGCUCGAAGAGAGGAAGAAGUUGAGGAAGGCCGGUCCUUCGAUUGUUGCAUCUUGAUUGUUAAUCCGAAUAUUGGAUACUAGAGUGUUUUGUUGCAUUUUCUCCGGAGUAUAGGAUUACCAUGGCUAUUGGGUUCUGGGUCAUUGCACGAUACCUUCACAUGCUUCAUCGUUUACAGAAUUCAAUUGGAU